AAGCGCAUCUGUCAUUUGUAUUGUUGUGGAUGAUUAUUUUUUGAUAAAUGUUUUUUAUCAUUUUAUUUUUACAAUUUAUCCAACUUUCGUCCAAGCUGUUUGCCUUCAGUUUCUCCGGUUAUUGAUAAAUUCUAAGCACCCUUUUUUCCACGGCCAAUUGUCCAUUACGUCAAGUUCAUUGAACCCGUCGUGAUAACACGAUUGCGUAACCCAGAUCAUUCUCGUCGGCACGCACAGCAGCACCAGUUCGGCAGAUCGCCGGUUGUGAAACGAAAACAUUCCCCCUCAAAGCCUUCGCCCGAAAACGAAAUGCUAAAGAACGCAGUCGCAUUGGUAACCGGUGGUGCAUCGGGCCUUGGCCGUGCCACGGUGGAGCGGUUCGCCCGUGCCGGGUAUAAUGUACUUCUGUGCGAUCUACCAACCUCCAAGGGCAACGAAGUAGCCAAAGAGCUGGGUGAGAAGGUGGUGUACGUGCCGGUGGAUGUACUGUCCGAAAAGGAUGUGACCGGUGCCCUGGAUCUAGCCAAAAGCAAAUUCGGUCGGCUGGAUGUAUCGGUCAACUGUGCCGGUAUUGCGGUGGCCGUCAAGACGUAUAACUUCAACAAGAAGGUGGCACACAAGCUGGAAGAUUUUCAGCGCGUCCUGCUGGUAAACACGGCCGGCACUUUCAACGUGAUUCGUCUGUCGGCGGGAUUGAUGGGUGAGAAUGAACCGAAUGCUGAUGGGCAGCGUGGUGUCAUCGUGAAUACGGCUUCGGUCGCGGCUUUCGAUGGCCAGAUUGGACAGGCUGCUUAUUCCGCUUCGAAGGCGGCGGUCGUCGGUAUGACGCUACCGAUCGCUCGUGAUCUUAGCACGCAAGGCAUCCGGAUUGUUACCGUCGCUCCCGGACUGUUCAAUACACCGAUGCUGCAAGCCUUGCCGGAGAAGGUUCGUGCAUUUCUGGCCAAAACGGUACCCUUCCCGCAGCGACUGGGUGAGCCGGCCGAAUACGCUCAGCUGGUUCAGAGCAUUGUCGAUAAUCCCAUGCUAAAUGGGGAAGUCAUUCGCUUGGACGGAGCACUUCGUAUGAUGCCUUAAGCUGAAGGAAGCUGGCAGCCUUCGCUGUUCAACAACGGAUGCAUUUAUUCACAGUACCUCAUGGAUGGGACACAACAAAGUCUUCUAAAAAAAACACACACACACAAAUCGUCAAACGAUAAUCGUAAAAGCAAACUCUUUACAUUCAAGUUUUGUAUUCGGCUUUUAUUUUAAUAAAAGCUACAUUGUAACGCAUCUCUCAAA